AAUGUGAAGAUCAGCAGGCCCGCGCGGUGCUGUGGUAGCAAGGGAGGAAGGAAGUGCACUGGAGGUCAGGAGACGAAAGCUCGUAAAAGGAGGAAUUGUGCCGCUGUCCGGUUUCAUCUCAUGGGAAACGCCAGGGAAUAAUAAUAAUAAUAAAAAAAAAGAUGAUCUCAUCUCAUCAGGAAAGGAAAAAGGAGUUGCCUCGGGGUGAUAAUUUUUUUUUUUCCACUUCCCACGAAUGUUUUUUUUUUUUUUUUUGCAGAAACCCCUCCCACUCUCCACUGUGACUUCUCUAUACAUGGACUUGAUUUCUUUACUCCAACACCUUAAUGUUCACACCGAAAUCCACUUUGCGCAUUUCUGACCAUCCGCGCGAUACUAAAAAUAAGAGACAAUGGCGGACAUGAAGAAAGAAUUUCUGGUGGUCUUUACCCUGCUCUACUGCACGGUGAGUGCCGCUAAACGACUGGAUAAGGCCCCGAACGCCGUGGACAGCUUGUACCAGGGCUGCCGGGAAGAGACCAUGGCGAAAUUAAUCCGCAGUGACGUGCUGAAACGAGAGCUGAGCCAAGACGCUGAUUUCCAGGCAGCUUGGAGCGACAAAUGUACCACGCUGAUCCCGGGCGGGACGAAAGAACACACCGCCGCUCUCUUGGCCUACGCUAACGGCAAUCCUGGCUUCAAGAAGGCCUUCAACGACGAGGUGGAGACCACGGGAACCAACGCCAGCACCUACGAGGACCACUUCCACUACAAGUCCCUGCACUUCCUGCUCGCGGACGCCGUGAACUUGAUGAAGCCGAAGAUGUGUAAGAACGUUUACAGAGUCUCCGAGACUCAUUACGAAGCGGAAAAGGGCGCCGGGGUGAGAUUCGGCCGGUUCACCACGGUGCAGUCGGACUUGUCUAUAAAGGAGGACGUGGAGGGCGGCGUUUAUUUCAACAUCACCACGUGCUUCUACAUCCUUCUGGACGGCUUCUGCGGCGUCACGGAGGACGUCGCCAUCUUGUCCCCCUCCGAGGAGUUCACGGUGGAGGACGUCAGGCAAGGACAAGACGGCGACUACACCGAGAUCAUUCUGAAACACUCGCAGCUGAAGGCUAAUCACGACUGCUACGCUACGUCACGGGCGGCGGCAGUCAGCGCCCCCUGGUGGCUCACGCUGACGGCGCCCGUGUGGUUUUUCCUACUUGAGACGCUCGGCCGUCGGCGUCUUCGCUCGUGAACGCGGCCCCUUCGACGCGUUCCAGCCGUCGUCGCGACCUCAUGAAACGGUCCCGUCGAAUCGCUCUUCGCAUUUGAGAAUGAAAAGAUGUGCGACAAUGUGAUUGUUUCCUUGCUUGAAAAUGUGUGCCUACCAUUUGUCGUAAAUAAGCGAAUGCAUACAUGUGACUGACAUUCCGUGUUGAAUAAAGGUGUUGAUUACUAAGGGUCUGUGUGAUGA